UAAAAAUUAUACGCAGUCACCUGUGUUAUGUCUGAAUCGGAGUGUGGUAGUGAUUUUAAUAACUUCUCGGAAAUCACGUGGGUGUUUUUUUUUAUGUAUUUUGUAAUGACGACCAUUUAACACUGUUUAAAUUCUUUCUGGCAUAAUACGUAGAGUAGAUAAGGUGCUCCUAAUCAGUUGUGUUUUUGAUCUUUAUAGUUAUAGGUCGACCUCUAGAUUUAUGAUUAUAAUUGAAUAAAAUAAAAUUUUAUAGUUUAAUUCGAGAUUUCGUUAUUUGUAUAUUUACGUGUUAUAGAAAAGUGUUUAAUAUGGCACCUGAAAUAUCUCACAAAACUAAUAUCCAUCCACCAGAUGAACGUCCACCCUCUUCGGAAGCGGCAGCAUCUAAAGGGAUUCGAGACAAAUGCCGAGAACUGAUUCUUACCAGUGAUAAAUUGAAACAAAUAAUGAAACUUUUUCUGGAAAACAUACAUAGAGGUCUGAGUAAAGAUACUCAUCCAACGUCCAUAAUUAAAUGUUUUCCUACGUACGUUCAAGACCUCCCAAACGGCACAGAAAAUGGUAAAUUUCUAGCUCUCGAUUUAGGCGGCACCAACUUCAGGGUUUUACUGAUCGAACUUAGCGGUGAUCAUUUCGAGAUGAAAUCGAAAAUUUUCGCAAUACCGCAACACAUCAUGUUAGGAUCCGGAGAGCAACUUUUCGAUCACAUAGCAGAAUGUUUGGCGAUUUUCGUCAAAGAAGAACAAGUAGCCGAUCAAAAAUUACCUUUGGGCUUCACAUUCAGCUUCCCUUUGUCGCAAAAAGGUCUAACCAUAGGAUAUCUGGAAAGAUGGACCAAAGGGUUUAAUUGUUCGAACGUAGUGGGAAACGACGUUGUCCAAAUGUUGAACGAAGCUAUUGAUCGAAGAGGGGAUGUACAAAUUGAAAUAUGCGCUAUAUUGAAUGAUACCACAGGAACUUUAAUGUCAUGUGCUUGGAAAAACCACGCUACGAGGAUUGGGUUAAUUGUUGGUACCGGUUCGAAUGCCUGCUACGUUGAAAAACAAGUUAACGCCGAAACAUGGAACGACGUCGACAUGGGAUCCGGCAACGUAUUAAUUAAUUUGGAAUGGGGAGCUUUUGGGGAUGAUGGAGCUUUAGAUUUUGUUAGAAGUGAAUAUGAUGAAAAUAUUGAUAGGAAUUCUGUUAAUCCUGGAAAACAAAAAUUUGAAAAAAUGAUAUCGGGAAUGUACAUGGGAGAAUUGGUUAGGUUAGCAUUAGAAAGAUUUACGAAAGAAGGUUUAUUAUUUGGUGGCAAAGGUUCAGAUGCGUUAUUUGAAAGAGGAAGGUUUUAUACAAAAUACGUCUCAGAAAUAGAGAGUGACCCACCCGGAGUAUUCAACAGCCUCAGAGAUAUAUGUGAAGAAUUAGGUCUUAAACAUGCAACCGAACAAGACUACAUAAACGUUAGAUAUAUUUGUGAAUGCAUUUCUAGAAGAUCUGCGCAUUUAGUCUCAGCUGGAUUAGCCGUAUUGUUAAAUAAAAUGGACGAGAAAAAAGUAACCGUUGGAAUUGAUGGAUCCGUUUACAGGUUCCAUCCACAUUUCCACAAUCUGAUGAUGGAAAAAAUUAAGGAAUUAGCCGAUCCUAGCAUACAAUUUGAUUUGAUGUUAUCUGAAGACGGUAGUGGUCGUGGAGCAGCCCUAGUAGCAGCGGUAGCAGCCAGAUUACAAAAAGAAGCUGCCCAAACAUAACGUCCGCUAGCUUAAAAUUUGUUGAUUGCGUUAUAUACAUAUAUAUUUUUUUUAUUAGAAUAAAACAAUUAUUCAUCAUUGAAUAAAGAAAAAAACACUCAUGAAUAGUUAAUGUCUUAAUUGGGUUCCUAUAGACUGGAUUUGUAGAUAUUUAAAAAUAAAAAGAAAAUAUUAUUUUAUCGGAUGCGCCCUAGAUCGGCUCCCUAGGUGAAGUGGAACUAUUAUUAAAUUCACUUAAUUUUUUUAAAA